ACUCUCGUUAUUUUGCUACCAAAUUUUUUUUAAAUUUCGACGGUUUCGUUCGGUCUGCGCUUUGCUUGAGAUUUCAACAACAGUUUCCCAAGAUCAAUCGUUAGGUAAUGUUUAUGAGUUUUUGGUUUUGAUUUUGUCGAAGUGUUAUUCUCUUUUCUCCCUUUCUGUGUUUAAUUUUGGGUUUUUUUGAAGGAAAUUAGGGUUGGGAGUGAGAAUGUAUUGAGUGUGUUAGAAUUUUUAAGGGUCCUGACUCCGUUCCUCCUCCAACUUUAUGCAGAAAUUGGGGAGAUGUCUUUAAAAGGGACCAUGAGUGUAGUGGGGAGUGAAGUGAUGCCCCUGGAUUACGGUAAUAUGGAUUCGGAGAGCAGUCCAUCUCCAUCUAGUUCGGAGAGGACGGUGGAGGAGAAGGGGAAUCGAAGGGUAGUAGAAGAGGAGGAAGAUGAGAUCCCCUCAAACAUUUUGGAGGCUGGGGGGAAUGUAGAUGGGUGUUAUGACCCAGAGUUAGACAUAGUGUCUGAGGUGAGGGGAUACGUGAGUGAACUGGGUAGCAGGGGUGGUCUUAGGGGCCUCGUGGGUAACUGUAACCUUCCUCACCAUGUCCUAAUUAGGCCUGCCGGGGUGAAUGAGAGGGCAUGCUCAGCACCCCAAGACCAUUGGAUGCCCCUAUACGUCCAUUAUUUGAUUGCAGGUCUUAGGUUUCCCAUUCCAGAAUUACUGGUUGGGGGUAAGGGGGAAAAGGGGUGGUACUACUUCGGCCCUCGGUCGUCCAGCAAAGAGAAUAGGAGUUUAUUCUCUUUUGGACCGUCAUCCAUCAAAGGAUGGAAAGAAAAAUUCUUUUUUGUGGAUGACACCGAGUGGAGUAGGGGGGAUGUCGAAGUAGAACAAUUAUCUGCUUGGAAAGCUAAGAAAACCAAGCAGAACAAUUAUAAACUGAAUGAGGAUGAAAUGGAGGAGGUUGAGAAGCUGGUGAGGGAGGAAGGAGAUGUAAUGGAUAUCAUGUACCUCACCAGCCCGAAGGUGAGAUUUUCGUUUGUGUAUUUUGACAUUUAUGUGUGUUUUGAAAUUGAAAUGGACAGCUUUUUUGAUGCUGCUGGGGGGCUGCGUAUCCCUAAGAAGCCAAGGAAGAAGUCAAAGACUUCAACUGUGGUAGAGAAGAGGGUGGCAAAGACGGAACAACUGUCCAGCACUUCUGCCCGGGCUGUGGAGAUGCAGCCAAGGCCAAAGCCUGUGAUGGGGGGUAGUGAGGAGGCGAGUGAGGAGGUGGCACUGCUCCAUAGAAAGAAAAGGAAGGUGGCAGAACUGGAGGAGGCCGUGGUGCGAGGUCCUAGCAAAGGCAAGGAGCUCAUCCCUCCUCAUUCAUACCAGAAGAGUUUGUUCGAGGCAACGAACACUACUGGAGCGAAACGGUUCCUCAACGCAACUCUUCUUGAGAGUGCGAGCUGGGUCAACGCUCUUGUGCAGGAGUAUGCGGAGAGCAAGGAAAAGGAGGAGCUGCAGAAGAGGAACAAUGAUAUGCAGAGGAGACUGGACGAAGUGCUGCCAUCAGUGACCGAACUCCAGAAUGACAAUGACACCUUGAGCACGAGACUCAUCUUUGAAGAACGUAAGAGGAAAAUCUGUGAAGAUAAGCUCGAGGCUCAGGAUAAAUACAUUGAGAACAUGAAGAAAGGAGUGGCGGAGCUGAAGAAGAAUGUGAAUCUGCUGGUUCACAACGGGAUGGAGGAGCACAUUGGCAACUUCCUCAACUCCAGCACCUUUGAGAACAUAAUCAACCUCUACCGGCUGCCAACCGCCAUUGUGGCCUUCAUCGACUGUAGAAAGAAGGUGAAGGCUCAGUACCCAGAGGUGGACGUGACAACGGUCACUUUUGGGGAGCAAGAAGAAGGAGUGGAGGAGGAUGGUGAGAGCCUCGUUGCUGACUUCCAGCCUCUGAUCAAGCUAAGGUGGGAGCGUGACGCAGAGGGGCGUACUAUCUUUCCUUCUACCUUUGAUGCUGAGCUGGUGGCAGUGGAGGAAGAAGAAGAAGAAGAAGAAGAAGCGCGAGGUGCUGGAGUGAAGAAUCAGGCAGACCUGGCCGAAGUUCAGCCUCCCGUUGUUCAUCCUGUCUCCUUCGACGAAGUGUAGCAGCUAGUUCUUCCCGAAGCAGAAGUGCCGCCUUUGCUUACUGGAGAUGAGCUGCCUCAACCACCUCUUCUUGCUGAGGAGCAGCCUCCUCCUUCAGCAGAGUAGCUUAGGUCUUUAUAUCUUUUUAGUUAUUUUUGUAAAUAACAUUUUUGUAAUUAAGAUUUUAUUUAUAA